UGUUGUGAGUCUUUAUUUGUACAAUUGGAUUCUUUUUCCUUGACCCACCUAUACUUCAUUUAAAUAUUUUUAAGUAUCAUUAGAUGCGACGAUAAUGUUAAUCUAUGGUAAUUGUAUACAAAUGAUGUGAUCAUUUCCUACUUUUUUUUGAGGAAAUGUGAUCAUUUCCUACUUUAUAAAUGUGCAUUGUACCAAAAUACAAUUACAGUUUCCACAACAUAUUCAGACGUAAUUUUACCGUUUCUAACAUUUUCCUACUCACGUGACCUACAUUAUAAAAUUAUAUAAUAUCCAUUCGUCAACAGAAAAAAAAAAAAAAAGAAAAAACAACUACAUGCAUGUAUGAGCUGUUAUCAUGUUAGGUUACACCCAAAAAAUAUACGAGUUGUUAAGCUCCUUCCACACCCAACUACAAUUAAUAAAUAAAAAAAUUUGAUUUUUGUUUUGGGAGAGAGUGAGUGUAGGUUAUAUAAAGAUCCUAAAACCAUAUGUAAGUUGCCAUCUUAAAACCUACACUAACAACCCUGCUAUUUUCUCCCUUCUUACUUUGUGUAAUUGUGUUUAUUAUCACACCAAAAAUCUCGAUCUGAAAAUAAAAAUGUCAGAUUCAACAGCAACUUGUAUUGAUAUACUUCUAGCAAUAAUUCUACCCCCUCUUGGUGUUUUUCUCAAGUUUGGCUGUAGGGUAGAGUUCUGGAUUUGCCUAAUAUUGACAUUUUUUGGCUACCUCCCCGGAAUCAUCUAUGCCGUCUAUGCCAUUACCAAGUAAUCGUGUUAAGCCGUCGAUGUGAUAAAAUUGUGAAGUUUAGGUGCAGAUUUUCAUUGUUCGAUGUUUAAUGAUUUAUUUGUUCAUGUUUGAUAAGCAUUUCUUCAAAUUCAUGCAUGUUUCUUAAUGUAUUAGUACUGCAACAUUAAUUCUGUUAGCGUUCCUCUUGUAUUUGUAUUUGUAUUUGUUAGUUAGUAAAAUGAAAGUCCGAGCUUUAAACGUCUGUGAUUUAAAAAAAAUUUAGU